UGUUCAGUUUUAUCAUGCUUUUUGUCUGAGAAAUAGAGAGUUUUGUUGCACAUAACCUGUUCCAAUUAACAGCUCAGAUCUUGAUCAUUCCUACAAAAUUAAUUUAAGCACAACCUUUUAUUGGUCUGGAUUAAUUGUGCUACUUUUAUCACAGAUAAUAAUAUGAAAGGGAUGUAUAUGUAGUUUGUAUUUCUAGGUCAGGAGCACAUCAAGUUAUUAAAAUAUCCUCUUGUCAGUUGAUAGCUAUACAUGUCUUUCAGCCAUGUUCCUUAAAAGUAGGGUAAUAUGUACUUAAGAGAGCUAAUUGCUAUCAUUAUGAAGAGAAACAGUGGGUGUGAUGAGACUCUGCAGUGGUUUGUCCUGCAAGCCGAGCUCUGAAUCCUGACUGCCAAGGCUGUUGGAGCAGGGGGAAGAGUCCUGGGGAAACGUGACUGGGUGCAGCUCUGGUGGAUGUGAAGUGUUUCCCUGUAGAUGCACUCAGUAUCUGCCUGUUCACAGAUUUCAGUGUACAAAAAGGGUCUGUGCUCCUUCAAACUGUUUUUUGACAACUUCACGAUUUCAUGUUUUGUCUUCUGGAGUAAUUGCUGGGAGAUGGAAGCAUUUCCAUUUUCACUUUAUCUCGACCUUUUCUCACAGUAGGAUUCCUUUUACAUCUGUGACUUCAGAUAGAAGUUAUGAACUGGAGGCAAUUCAAUUUGGGUUUUUAAACUCAAAUGCCUUCCCCAAGGAAACAGUGAAAGAAUAAAAUAUUACAGAGUAAUAGUAAUAAAUCUGUUAUUUUAAAUCAGUGGGAUAUUAGUUGGUAACACUGACUAAAUCCUUUGAGGAGGAAAAUGAAUGUUUUGUAUUCUUAUUUUAAUCACACAGCUGGUAUCCUAAUGCAGAGCUAAGACUGGGUAAUGCUUCCUGUUUCCUUCAUCUCACUGGUGACAGAACACCUAGAAUGGCCUUUUUCAAUUUUUAAUGGAAUUUGUGGCAGUCAGUUAAUAUGGAUUUUUUUCUCCUUAAAUCGAGUGAGAAGGCAGGUGAUGCUUUGGUCUUCUCCAACAUGAGAUGGAGUUUGGUAACAAAGCUGCUGCUAAAUCUGCUCUCUGCUAUUACUAAAUUCAGCAGAUACAGGGUGCAGUUCUUGGGUAAAAUAUUACAUUCUAAAGCAAAUUGUGUUUAGACCUGUUUGGAGAAUUUCCCUGGGAGAUGUGUAGGCUUGGAUGUGCUGGAGUGUGAAAGUGCUGUUGAUUCUAUUAUCACAGAAUGAAAUGGGUGUUAGGGGUUAUUUGCUUGGGUACUUUCUCAUGUUUCAUGCAUUGCUUUAUGAAACCAGGUAAGUAGGUACAUUUUUUUUUCCUUUAGUUUCCGCAGAAAAAGAUAUUAAUUUUCAAAACUGUUUUUCUUUACAGUAAGUGGCUAAUGCUUGUCACCUGUUUCAGAUUCUGUGUGGUACUGGGCUUGGCUUUGUUGAACCUGGUGAAGCCUGCUGACUUCAGUCAUCUUCUCACAAAAGCCUGCAACAACUUUCCCUUGAAGAGGGCUGCGUUCCAAUCCUCCUCCUUUCACAACAUUCUAACAUCUGACAGGAGUGUAGAAGCUGCUAGUACCAGCAGGCAAAAUUGUCUUGGCAUACUUAGGUGUAGCUGCCAAUGAUGCAUUUCUUUUUCUAGAGAGUUUUCUGAUCAAAAAGGAAAAGUUGUAGCCAAGGUGGGCUGAAGCUGCCCUGGGCAGGGUUGCUUGGGGCUGCUCAUGUUCAGCCUGUGUGUGGUUUAUGUUAUCCCUGUCUUGCUGUGCUUGGGAAACUCUGCUCCCAAGCUUGCUUGUGGGCUUGGAGUUCCAGGGCUGCUUCCUGCAGAGGCUGAGGGUCCUGCUGGUGAUGCCCAUGGAAGAGGAGGGUCAGGAUGGUGAUCCCUGGAGAGGCUGAGGGUCCUGCUGGUGAUGCCCAUGGAGCAGGAGGGUCAGGAUGGUGAUCCCUGGAGAGGCUGAGGGUCCUGCUGGUGAUGCCCAUGGAGGAGGAGGGUCAGGAUGGUGAUCCCUGGAGAGGCUGAGGGUCCUGCUGGUGAUGCCCAUGGAGGAGGAGGGUCAGGAUGGUGAUCCCUGGAGAGGCUGAGGGUCCUGCUGGUGAUGCCCAUGGAGGAGGAGGGUCAGGAUGGUGAUCCCUGGAGAGGCUGAGGGUCCUGCUGGUGAUGCCCAUGGAGCAGGAGGGUCAGGAUGGUGAUCCCUGGAGAGGCUGAGGGUCCUGCUGGUGAUGCCCAUGGAGGAGGAGGGUCAGGAUGGUGAUCAUGGUGAAGGAGGAGGGUGGUUGUGGUGAUCCUUGCAGAGGAGGAGGGUUGUUCUGGGGGUCCCUGUAGAGGUGGAGAGUUGUUCUGGGGAUCCUUACGGAGCAGGAGGGUCGUUGUGGAGCUGUUACUAGGAGUUUGGGCAUCUGCUCCGUGUUACUGUUCGUAAGGGUGACGUGUCUGAACGCUGUGAUUCGCCUGCCGCGGUUGGCUCGAGGUUGCAGAGUCGCCCAAGGCCGCGGCUGUCCCGCAAUGAGGUGUCCACGCGCCUGUCCCGGUGUGACAGCGGCUCCUGUCCCCGCUGUCCAUCCCCGGGCUGCGGCAGCGCUUGGCUCCCGCCGCCAUGGCCGCAGCCGCGCGCUGGGGCCCCCUGCUGGGCACAGGCGUCAGUGCACUUUGUUACAAAAUGAUGUCAUGGGCAUCGGUCCAUGACGCCAGCGUGACGUCAGCCCCGCCCCAGCCAAUCAGCGCGGGGAAGGUUGGGAUGGUGACGUAAACUGCCCUAGCAACAGUCGGCGCGGCGCCGACCAAUCAGAAAAUAGCUGUGGGCGGCCGUGAGCCAAUGGGAGGCGGCGGAGGAGGACGGCGGCAGGAGGCAGGUCCCCUCGGGCUCCCUCCGAUAAGAUGGCGGCGGCGCUAGCGAUGGCGGCGGCCGUGGCUUUGUCUGCGCCCAGCGCCUGAGCGCGGCCCCGGCCCGGGCGGCCGCUCCGCUCCGAGCAGCGGCGGCGGAGUCAUGACCGCAGAGCCCGUGAGUGAAAGCAAGUUGAAUACAUUGGUACAGAAACUCCAUGACUUCUUGGCUCACUCAUCAGAAGAAUCUGAGGACACAAACUCUCCUCCAGCAUUAUCUAAAAACAAAAGUAUAGGUAAAAGUAGAGAACCUAAAGGAAGUCCAGCUUCAAUGGAGAACAACAGGGACGAGGGAAGUAGUUCUUCGGAAAGAACCAAAUCCUUAGGAUCAUCCCGUUCCAAAAGGAAACCUACAGUUGUAACAAAAUAUGUUGGGUCAGAUGAUGAACAAAUAGUAGAUGAAACUGUAAAUGAAGAUAUUUCAAAUGAGAACUCAGAGAAUGAUGUAGAUAUGCAAAGCUUGCCUAAAGGUACAGUGGUUGUACAGCCUGAGCCAGUGCUGAAUGAAGACAAAGAUGAUUUUAAAGGGCCUGAAUUUAGAAGCAGAAAUACCGUUAAAAUGAAACCUGAAGCUCCCAAAAAGCGUGGAGAAGAAGGACUCCAUGGAAUUGUGAGCUGUACAGCUUGUGGGCAGCAGGUGAACCAUUUUCAAAAGGAUUCAAUCUAUAGACACCCUACACUGAAAGUGCUUAUUUGUAAGACUUGCUACAAAUAUUACAUGAGUGAUGACAUCAGUCGUGAUUCUGAUGGGAUGGAUGAACAGUGUAGGUGGUGUGCUGAAGGUGGAAAUUUGAUUUGCUGUGACUUUUGCCAUAACGCCUUCUGUAAAAAGUGCAUUUUGCGCAACCUGGGCCGAAAGGAGCUCUCGACUAUCCUGGAUGAAAAUAACCAGUGGCACUGCUAUAUUUGCCACCCAGAGCCUUUGUUGGACUUGGUCACUGCGUGUGACAGUGUCUUUGAAAAUUUAGAACAGUUACUUCAACAAAACAAAAAAAAGAUGAAAGUUGAAAAUGAAAAAAGUAAAAUAUAUGACCACACAGUAAAGUGUUCUCCAAAGAGAAAUAAUGCAAAUUGUAAUGGGGAAGAAAAAAAAUUAGAUAAUUCAUAUUCAGGUUCACUAACAUACUCUUAUAAAGCACUAAUGGUGCCAAAAGACUUGCUUAAGAAAACAAAAAAACUGAUUGAAACUACAACAAAUCUGAAUUCUAGCUUUGUAAGCUUUCUGAAAAAUGCUGCAGAAAAUGUAGAAAUAAGCCCAGCUGUGCAACUGUGCCAGCUGAAAGCUUUUAAAUCUGUGCUGAGUGACAUGAAAAAAGCUCAUCUGUCACUAGAAGAAGGCCUGAACCUGGAGAUUCAAGCAUUGAAUGUUAAAAUCAAAGAUAAAAAUACCAAAGAGAAAAAACCCGAGGUUAGGUCAGAAAAAAAUGAGUUGAAAAAAGAUGAAGGAAAGGAACAUGUGGCAUUACAAGAGGAUGACGCCACACAGACACAGAAAAAAGUUGUGUCGGAGCAGCCUGACAAUGAGCCCAUGGAUCAAAGCGUUCCCUCAGUGGAACAGACAGAUAACAAGGCAGCUCCUGGGGAAGAGAAAAAGUCUGGCAGAAAUGAAGAACCACAGUAUGAGCCCAACAGUACAGAGGCUUUAGACAUGGAUAUUGUGUCCAUCCCCUCAUCCGUUCCUGAAGAUAUUUUUGAGACUCUGGAAUCUGCUAUGGAGAUUCAGAUGCCGUCAGAUGAGCAGGACAGUGGAAACACAGCAGCAGAUCAUGAGGCUCCAAAUACAAAUACAAAAGUGAACACUCCUGUGAAAGAUACCAAAGGCGGUACCAAGUUAAAAUCGUCGGCUAAAGGAACAAAAGAACUGAUUGUAAAAUUGACUCCGGUUUCCCUUUCAGAAUCCACUGUUAAAGCUGAAGAUCAAGACAACAGCCUAGCAAAGGAGAGCAAAGACGUUGAUGCAUCUGAAGACGUUGAUGCAUCUGAAGACGUUGAUGCAUCUAAAGACGUUGAUGCAUCUAAAGACAUUGAUCCAUCUCAACCUAGGGCACCAGAUUCUGAUUCUGGAAAACAAAACCACAAUGUUGGCAGUGAGCCCUCCAUGGAGAACGACACUGUGCCUGUGGAGGACUCGGAUCUCCGGAGGUCUCCGCGUGUCAAGACCACCCCGCUGAGGCGUCCUACGGACAUCAGCCCCCUGACAUCCAAUUCAGAAGAGGACAGCAAUGACACAAGCAAUAUGAAACAGAAGAGGAAACCAUCCAAGCAACCCAGGAGGAAAAACGAUAAAAGAAAUACUUCUGACAGUGCUGCUGAUGGUCCCAGUCCUAACAAACUUUCUAAAUCCAAAAAGCCAUAUGACUUAGAUCACAGCUCAGAUUCUGAUGAGGUGCCAGCUGUCCUUAAAGAAGCAGGGAUGAUGAGUCACAGCUCCUCAGACAGUGAGAGCAAUAGUGAAGCGCCAGCAAAGAAUCAGAAGACUUCGGAUUUUCAAAAGAGUCAACCAGUAAAGGAUGAAAAUGGGAAACGAAAAAGGAAGAGUUCCAGUUCCGGUUCAGAUUUAGAUGCUAAAAGAGGCAAAUCACCUAAAAAUGCUGCUGCCGCUAAAAAGAAACGACAAAACUACUCUGAUUCUUCAAACUAUGAUUCUGAGUUGGAAAAAGAGAUACAAAUGUUGAGUAAAAUUGAGGCUGCAAAGAAAUCAAAGAAAAAAUUCUCAAAAAAAGAUGAUAGUUAUGAUUCCUCUGAAGAAGAGCAGAGGAAAAAGGUAAGCAGUAAAAGAAAGGUAAAUCUGAAGAAGAAGAGAGAUAAAUCUUCUGAAGAUGAUGAUGCUGAGAAGUCUUCUCCAGAGAAGGAAAUUAAUCACUCUCCUAAAGACAAAAAAAUGGGUAAGAGGUCAGCUGCUAAGGACAAGACAAACAGAGACUCAAAAGAAAAAUCUGCAAAGGGAAAACGUGAUGAGUCAUCUGAUGCUGAGAAGUCUUCACUGGAAAAAGAGGAGAGUCCUGAAGUUAAGAAGAAGGAGGAUUCGAAAAAGAAAAAGGCACAGGAUGAUUCUUCUUCUGAGAGUACUGAGAAAUCGGCAAAGAAAGAGCACAAAUUGGAGUCUUCAAAAGACAUACUCAAGAACAAAAAGGGAUCAGAAAGCAAAGCAAAGCAAUCUGAAAAAUUGAAAAAGAAAGGUUUCAAGAAAGAACAAGAUGAUUCCUCUUCUGAUCUUGAUAAGUCAUCUCCAGAGAAAGGAAGUAGCAAUUCUUCUGAAAACGACAAAAUUAAAAAGGAGCCUGUGUUUACAGAAAAGAGAAAGUUGAGAGAGAGAGUAGCUAAAAGAGUACACAUUGAUUUAUCCUCUGAUACUGAGAAAUCUCCCCAAAAAGAGGAGAGUUCUGAUGAUGAUGCCAUGCGGCAUAAAAAACGAACUGAAACAAAAGAAAAGAAGAAAAUAAGCCACAAAAAGAAGAUUUCUAAGAAAGAACAGAAUGACUCAUCCUCUUCUGAUGAGGAGUCUUAUGAAGACACUAAGAAAAAGGUUAAAAGAGGAUCAGUAAAAGAAAGUAAAAAGGGCAACUUAAAAAAGAAAGUGGCAAAAAAGAAGGUGGUUGUCACUUCCUCUUCCCCGUCUGAUAAGGAAGGAAAUGAUGAUCAGAAUUCCACAGGCGAUGGAAGCAGCGACGAGCAGAAGAUCAGGCCCGUGACUGAAAGCUUGAUGCUGUCUGCUGAUGCAGGAUUUUGUCAGUCAUCAGGAGAUGAGGGAGAUGCUCUAUCAAGGACUAUCCCAAUGGAGGAGGAUGAAGAUGAUGAUGAUGACGACCCUGAGAAUAGAAUUGCCAAGAAAAUGCUUUUAGAAGAAAUCAAAGCCAAUCUUUCCUCUGAUGAGGAUACGUCUUCAGAUGAGCAGCCCGAGGAAGAAAAAAAGAAACCUGCAAAGCAAACUGAAAACACAGGAGAUGAUGGAGAGAAGGAAAAGGAAGACAAGAAGUCUGAAAAGGAAGAAGCUAAUUCUGAGUCAGAUUCAGAGGAGGAAGAAACAUCCAAGAAGCCCAGAUACAGACACAGACUGCUGAGGCAGAAGCUCUCUGUGAGUGAUGGGGAGUCUGGAGAAGAAAAGAAGGUGGUGAAACCAAAAGACAAAAAAGAAGGGGGGAAGCGCAGAAAUAGAAGGAAAGUGAGCAGUGAUGACUCCAAUGACUCCGAGUUCCACGAGUCUGCAGUGAGUGAGGAGGUCAGUGAGUCUGAGGAUGACCAACGGCCAAGGACAAGAUCUGCCAAAAAAGCUGAGGCAGAGGAAAACCAGCGCAGCUACAAACAGAAAAAGAAACGAAGGAGGAUAAAGGUUCAAGAGGAUUCAUCGAGUGAAAAUGAAAAUAAGAGUAACUCUGAGAAUGAGGACAAUGAUGACUCAAAAUCUCCUGGAAAAGGCAGAAAGAAGAUCAGGAAAAUUAUUAAAGAUGAUAAGCUUAGAACAGAAACACAAAAUGCACUUAAAGAAGAAGAAGAAAGAAGAAAGCGUAUAGCAGAGAGAGAACGAGAGAGAGAGAAAUUGAGAGAGGUGAUAGAGAUUGAAGAUGCCUCACCUCUGAAAUGUCCCAUCACAACCAAGCUGGUUUUAGAUGAAGAUGAAGAAACCAAAGAACCAUUAGUGCAGGUUCACAGGAGUAUAGUGACCAGACUGAAACCACACCAAGUAGAUGGUGUUCAGUUCAUGUGGGAUUGCUGUUGUGAAUCUGUAAAAAAAACCAAGACAUCUCCUGGCUCUGGCUGCAUUCUUGCUCACUGUAUGGGCCUGGGGAAGACAUUACAGGUAGUAAGUUUUCUCCACACAGUCUUGCUGUGUGACAAACUGGAUUUUCGGACAGGUCUGGUCGUGUGUCCACUCAACACUGCCUUGAACUGGCUGAAUGAGUUUGAAAAAUGGCAAGAAGGUUUAGAAGAUGAGGAGAAACUAGAGGUCUAUGAGCUGGCAACUGUGAAAAGGCCUCAGGAGAGGAGCUACAUGCUGCAGCACUGGCAGGAUGAGGGAGGUGUGAUGAUCAUUGGCUACGAGAUGUAUCGAAACCUGGCACAAGGCAGGAAUGUGAAGAGUAGAAAACUUAAAGAAAUAUUUAAUAAAGCUUUAGUUGACCCAGGUCCUGACUUUGUGGUGUGUGAUGAAGGACACAUAUUGAAAAAUGAAGCAUCUGCUGUCUCUAAGGCAAUGAAUUCUAUUAAAUCUAGGAGAAGAAUAAUUCUGACAGGAACACCACUGCAGAAUAAUCUCAUAGAAUACCACUGCAUGGUUAACUUCAUUAAGGAGAAUUUGCUUGGCUCAAUUAAGGAGUUCCGGAACCGAUUCAUCAAUCCCAUCCAGAACGGGCAGUGUGCAGACUCCACUCCUGUGGAUGUCAGAGUGAUGAAGAAACGUGCUCACAUCCUCUAUGAGAUGUUGGCUGGCUGUGUUCAGAGGAAGGAUUACACAGCAUUAACCAAGUUCCUGCCCCCCAAAUACGAGUACGUGCUCGAGGUGAGGAUGACCCCGAUCCAGUGCAAGCUGUACCAGUAUUACCUGGAUCAUUUGACAGGUGUAGGUGGUGGCAAUGAAGGUGGAAGAGGCAAAGCUGGAGCUAAACUAUUCCAGGAUUUCCAGAUGUUGAGCAGAAUCUGGACUCACCCUUGGUGUUUGCAGCUGGACUAUAUUAGCAAAGAAAAUAAGGGCUACUUUGAUGAAGACAGCAUGGAUGACUUCAUAGCUUCAGAUUCUGAUGAAACUUCCAUGAGCUUAAGUUCUGAUGAUUAUGCAAAGAAAAAAAAAUCCAAGGGGAAAAAGGUGACCAAAGAGUGCAGCUCGAGUGGAAGUGGCAGUGAUAAUGAUGUUGAAGUCAUUAAAGUCUGGAAUUCAAGAUCACGUGGAGGUGGGGAAGGAAAUGUGGAAGAUCUUACAAACAACCCAGCAUCAACAAAGUCAGAGGAAGGCAAAGCUACAUCCUCUUCCAAUCCUGGUAGCCCAGCUCCAGACUGGUACAAAGAUUUUGUCACUGAUGCAGAUGCUGAGGUGUUGGAGCAUUCUGGGAAAAUGGUGCUGCUCUUCGAAAUUCUUCGAAUGGCAGAGGAGCUGGGAGACAAAGUUCUAGUGUUCAGCCAGUCCCUAAUAUCUCUGGAUUUGAUAGAAGAUUUCCUGGAGCUGGCUAACAGGGAGAAAUCUGAGAGAGAUCAGCCUCCUAUCUACAAAGGUGAAGGAAAAUGGUUCAGAAAUAUUGAUUAUUAUCGCUUGGAUGGCUCAACCACAGCUCAGUCCAGAAAGAAAUGGGCUGAGGAGUUCAAUGAUGAAACUAAUGUGAGAGGCCGCUUGUUUAUCAUAUCCACUAAAGCAGGUUCCCUGGGAAUAAACCUGGUGGCUGCUAACAGAGUCAUCAUCUUUGAUGCCUCCUGGAACCCCUCCUAUGACAUCCAGAGCAUCUUCAGGGUUUAUCGCUUUGGGCAGAACAAGCCUGUGUUUGUGUACAGGUUUUUGGCUCAGGGAACCAUGGAGGACAAGAUCUACGACCGGCAGGUGACGAAGCAGUCGCUGUCCUUCAGGGUGGUGGACCAGCAGCAGGUGGAGCGGCACUUCACCAUGAACGAGCUCACCGAGCUCUACACCUUCGAGCCAGACCUGCUGGAUGACCCCAACUCCGAGAAGAAGAAGAAGAGGGACACCCCCAUGCUGCCAAAAGACACGAUCCUGGCAGAGCUGCUCCAGAUCAACAAGGAGUACAUAGUUGGGUACCACGAACAUGAUUCACUCCUGGACCAUAAGGAGGAAGAGGAACUCACUGAAGAAGAGAGGAAGGCAGCCUGGGCAGAAUAUGAAGCAGAAAAGAAGGGCAUGACCAUGCGUUUCAACAUGCCCACAGGGACCAACACCAUGCCCACAAAUUUCAACUCUCAGACAUAUAUUCCUUACAAUUUGGGUGCUCUGUCAGCAAUGAGUAACCAACAGCUGGAGGACCUCAUUAAUCAAGGAAGAGAGAAGGUAGUGGAAGCAACCAACAGUGUGGCAGCAGCAAGAAUCCAGCCUCUUGAAGACAUCAUUUCAGCCAUAUGGAAAGAAAACUUAACCCUGACGGAGAGCCAGGUGCAGGCCCUGGCCCUGAACAGACAGGCGAGCCAGGAGCUGGAUGUGAAGCGCCGAGAAGCCAUUUACAACGAUGUCCUCGGGAAACAGCAGAUGUUAAUCGGUUGUGUCCAGAGGAUCCUGAUGAACAGGCGGCUCCAGCACCAGUACAACCAGCAGCAGCAGCAGCAGAUGUCCUACCAGCAAGCAGCCAUGGGCCACCUCAUGAUGCCAAAGCCUCCAAAUUUAAUCAUGAAUCCUUCCAGCUACCCAGCCAUAGAUGUGAGAGGAAUGUAUCAGUCAGUGUCUGGUGGGAUGCAGCCACCACCCCUACAACGAGCACCACCCCCAAUGAGAGGCAAAAAUGCAGGGCCUUCCCAAGGGAAAUCAAUGUGAUUUUGCACUAAAAGCCUAAAGGAUUGUUAAAAUCAGAGAAAGAACUUUUAUUUUUUUAGGAAUCAAUGGCCUAACAGAACUCAACUGUAAAAAAAAAAAAAAAAAAAGAAGAAUUAAAAAGAAUAGUUCGGUUGCUCCCCUUAAAUACCAUGUUCCAUAUUAGUGUUUCAGUUUUGUUUAAAUAGGUCACAACGUUUUCCCUGUUGUCAGUGAUGUUGCCUAGAAUCUUCUUACAUAUGUUGAGUACAGGAGAUAACAAGUUGUUUUCAGUGAAAACAAGUCCUCCCGUUACAGUAGCAUCUCCACAGGUUUCCUGUCUAAACUCCUACGCUUGCUUUUUGUGGCUGCAAAGCUUUGGGAAGCUUAGGAAGGACUGCAGGUCUGUAAGUUCAGUCUGACAUAUGUGAAUUGAAAACAGCUGAGUUCUUGAUUAGAGUUGAUUCCUCAAAUUAUGGAAUACUUUUCUGCUUACCCAUUUCUUUCUAUUAGUGGGAACGUUGUAACAGAAAUAGUCUAGUUUCCUUCAUGGGUCAUCUGUGUUGAAUGGAACAGGAGCUGAAAAUGCUCUCUGAAACAGAAGUGAGUGCAAUAUUUGUAACUACUACUGCUCUGAACCUUCUGAGACACAGGGAACUGUGCAUCCAGCCUUAAACGUGACUGGGCCUUCCCCAGUCUGCUGCCAUUUCUUAUUUUCAGUUCCACGUGAUGGAAUAACGGCUGAUGGUGUGGGAGUGGGAGAUGCUUUUCCCUCGCUGAUCCCUCGCUGUGGAGUCCAGCACAAAGCACAUUUCUGGUAACUCCUUCAUGCUGGUGCUACUGUCUCCUCCCAUUGCCGGCAAUGGGGGACGGGCCAACACAAUUCAAUUCCUGUCUUUUGGGGUAAAAUGGUGAUGGUGGCCAGGGUCAGGUGGCCUGUCAGAACCCCCUUUAACGUGGCACAAGCACUGCCCAUUGAAAAUCGAUACAGAGAAAGUUCUGUAGCAACUUCUGGAGCUGCCAGAAGCGUGGAACGACUUUAUUGAUAGAGAUGUGGUUAUGCACUCCUCCCCAUCCCUUCAGUUGUGUGAAAACAUGGGUUAGGACACAAAGAGCUUGAUUUUAGUUUUGUUUCUCUUCUGGCUUGCUUUUUUUUUUAAUGUAGGCCAGAGAUAAAUGUCGGGUUUAUUCUAUACCAUUAUCACACUUUUUGCCCACACUUGUGCUUGUCAGGUUCUUAUUAAAUACAAAUAGGGCUUUCCUUUGCAUAGAGUUUGGUUGAUUCUUACCCCCCAAAAAAACCCCGUUGAUCAUCUGGGGGCACAAGUAAGUGGCAGGAACAGGGAGAUGGUGGUGUGUGGACAACACAGGGCUCUGGAGACAGAUGGAGGUGGUGGCUCCAGAUUGUGCUGGACUCUUCUGAUGCUGGUGUGAACUAAAAUAAUUUUGGUUUCUGGGAAGUUUCUUGCAAGAGUUUGAGUUCUUGCCCUGAAUGGACAAGUUUUGCAUCUAAACGUGCAGAUGUUCCACGAUGUUUCGGUGUGUGACUCACACUUGGUUUGUGACGAGGACAGAGGUUGGUUGGGCUGCUGGAAGCCCGGCUGACAAGUUUCUGUCUUGGACUCUUUGAUGACAAGAUACCACAAAAGACCCUCAGUGUGUUCUAGUGCUCUGCCAGCUCUACAAUUAACUCUGGUCUGGGGGAGGGAGCAAAGAGAGACGUGUUGGCACUAGAAGAGACAAAAGUGAAAUGUUGAGACAAACAUUUGAAGGCAAAUGUACUCUGGGUAACUGUCACUGAGAUUCCUACGUGUUGUGAAUAAGAGAAGUACUUUCUACCGAACCUGGGAAUGUUAAGUGGAGUUUUACAGUAACUCAAAGACUUAAAUGUGGAAGUUUUAGGCAACAUUGAAAGGCACAUUUUAUUUCAUCCUGGACAAACCUAUGGAUAACAGAAGACUAAUGCACAAGAAGGAAUAGAAGAUAAGCAUUGAAGUAAAACCUGGACCACUUUGCUUACGUUUCUCACUCGCCAUUUUAGCUGCAUAACAACGUGCUUUGAGUAUAACAUCAGGCUUUAACCAGUACUUAAAGACAGAACAUACGUCAGUAAGAUAAUAAAAGGCUCAUUUUUAUAUUUGUUUUAGAUGUUUUAACUAGAUAAAAAUGGCUUAAGAUGACAAAUAUGUUGCUUGUAAUACAGUUUUGCCUGCUAAAUUAUCCACAUUUUGUAACCUGUUUAUUCCUUUGGAUGUAAAGCGUUUUUGCUUAGUAUCGUGAUAUUGUAUAUGUUUUGUCCCAGUUGUAUAGUAAUGUUUCAGUCCAUCAACCAGCUUUGGCUGCUGAAAUCAUACAGCUGUGAAGACUUGCCUUUGUUUCUAUUAGAUGGCUUUUCAGUUCUGUAUUAAAUAUCUUAAGUACUAUAGAAAAGGUGUCCCCUCUUCCUAUAAGGCUGUUUUAUAAUAUAUAUAAGGACUGGAAAUGUGUUUUUAAAAAAGAAGAAGCAUUCAAGUAUGAUGAUAUACUAUGUGUUUUCACCAUUCAAAGUGCUGUUUUAGUAGUUGAAACUUAAACUAUUUAAUAUCUCAUUUAAUAAAGUGACCAAAAUACA